GGUGGCCCUGAGCGUGGACCUACCCGCGACGCCGGCUCCUACGGUACCCACCACCGCGCCCACGUCGCAGCCGACGCCCCCUCUUGAAGCAACGCCGGAGCCGACCUUCGCUUGCGAGGACACGCAUUUCGAAGCGACCAACCUGUACGGGCAGCAGUGCCAGCACUUCGACCUGCUGCCGUUCCAGUGCUUCGGGUCGGCCUACUACGACGACUCCGACUUCACGACGAGCGACAUGUGCUGCGCCUGUGGCGGUGGCGGGGCGCCCACGAGCACGCAGUCGAGCACCACGUCGGCGACCAGCUCCACCACCUUCCACUCCACUACGCAAUCGAGCAGCACCACGAGGACUCACACGUCCUCCUCGACGAGGUCGAGCACCACCGAGUCAACCGCGACGGCCACGAGCACCGCGUCGGGGACCAGCGCCACGCAGACGACGGUUACCACAGCGUCGGCCACCACGGCGUCGAGCACCACGUCCCGGACCACGGUAGCGCCGACGCAUGCUCCCACGCCAGAACCGACCCCAGCUCCCACUCCGCUGCCUCCGGGGCACACGGCGGCUCCGACGUCGACCCCAACCCCGGCGCCAACCGCGACCCCCUCCUCUGCUCCGACUCCGGCGCCCACGGCAGUGCCGACGGGGUCUCCAACAGCGGCGCCGACGGCCGCACCGACGCCUGUUCCCCCGACGUCCGCACCAACGCCGGAUCCCACUCCGGAUCCAAUGCAACCCCCAUUGCCAAGUAGCACGGCGACGACUGCCACGACCAGCACUUCGGAGUCCGCUACCACGGGGUCGAGCACGGUGUCCACCACGACGGAGUCGAGCAGCACCACGGUGCACACCACCACGCAGACGAGCAGUACCACGGGGUCCACCAUUUCUGCAUCGACCACCACUUCCAGGACCAGCCUUUCACAUACCACCAUUACUGAAACGAGCAGUACAUCGGUCCACUCCACCACGGAAUCGACCAGUACCACGGUGUCCACCACGACGAAGUCGAGUACGACCACAGCGCACACCACUACGGAGACGAGCAGCACCACGGUGUCCACCACGACGGCGUCGAGCACUACCACAGCGCACACCACCACAGAAACGACCAGUACCACGGUCUAUGCAACUACGGAGUCGAGCACGACGUCCCGAACCACCACUACGGAGUCGACCAGUACCACGGGGUCAAGUACAACUGAGUCGAGCAGCACCACACGGUCCACAACUACUGCAUCGACCACCACUUCCCAGACCAGCAUUUCCCAGACCAGCACUUCCAGGUCCAGCGUUACGGAAACGAGCAGUACUUCGGAGUCAGCUACUACGGAAUCGAGCACCACGUCGAGCACCAGAACUACGCAAUCGAUCACUAGUACAGUGUCGACCAUUACAGAGUCGAGCUCCACGUCUGAGACCAGCGUUACGGCAACAAGCAGUACCUCUGGAUCCACCACCACGGAGUCAAGCACAACGUCGGGGACAACCACUACCAGAACGAGCAGUACCACGGGAUCCACCACUACGGAGUCGAGCACCAUAUCGCGGACCAGCGCCACAGCAUCGAGCAGUACCACGGUGUCCACCACUACUCAGUCGAGCACCACAUCGCGGACCAGCGCUACAGCAUCGAGCAGUACCACGGUGUCCACAAUCACGGAGUCGAGCUCCACGUCGCGGACAAGCGCGACGAAAACGAGCAGUACCACGGUGUCAAGUAUUACGACGUCGAGCACCACUUCUCAGACCAGCGCUACGGAAACGAGCAGUACGACGGGGUCCACCAUUACAGGAUCAAGCAGCACGUCCCGUAGCAGUACUACGGAAACGAGCAGCAUCUCGGUGUCCUCUUUUACGGAGUCGAGCAGUACGUCGCGAACCACGGGUUCCACCACUACAGAGUCGAGUAGUGCCACAGCGUCCACCAACACGGAGUCGAGCACCAUCUCCCGUACCAGUAUCACAGAAACGAGCAGCACAACGGUCAGCACUACAGAAUCGAGCAGUACUUCGAAGUCCACCAUUACACAGUCGAGCUCCUCGACCCUGACAAGCAUUACAGCGACAAGCAGUAGCUCGACUUCCACCAUUACACAGUCGAGCUCCUCGUCCCGGACAAGCAUUACAGCGACAAGCAGUAGCUCGACUUCCACCAUUACACAGUCGAGCUCCUCGUCCCGGACAAGCACUACAGAAACAAGCAGUCGUUCGGAGUCGAGCUCCACGUCCCAGAGCAGCAGUACGUCAACAAGUAGUACUACACAGACGAGCUCCCGGACAAGCACUACGGCAACGAGCAGUACUACGGAGUCGAGCUCCACGUCCCAGACCAGCACUGUCACAACAAGCAGUGCUACAGAGUCGAGCUCCGCGUCCCGGACCAGCACUAUCACAACAAGCACCUUUACAGAGUCGAGCUCCACGUCCCGGACCAGCACCGCCAGUACCACGGGGUCAACGACUGCGACAUCCGUGUCAACGCUGUGGCGCCGGCGGCUCCUCGGCACCGAGGCCCUCGCCGACGCUGCUCGGCGGGCCGUCGCCCUCGGUGGCACCCACCGCGGCGCCGACGCCGCCGACCUGGGCGCCGACGCCGUCCCCCACCGUCGAUGGGUACACGCAUCCCCCGACGCCGGUGCCCCCGACGAUGCCGCCCGUGCCGACGCCUGCAUUGCCCGACCCGCCUCCGGGCGUGUGGACGACCCUGUCCGCGCCGGUGUACCCGGGCGACACCGCCAUUCCGGUCGUGUCGACGGAUGGCUUCGCCCUGGGGAACCCGAUCGUCCUCUCCGGCGGCGGCAACCUGGAGAGCAGGACCAUGAUCGGCGUCGGCUUCCAUGAGGCGUUCAGCAGGAGCUGGUCGUGGGAUUGGUGGUCUGGGCGCAAGCUCAGCCAGGAGACUGUCCUAGUCGUCAACAAGGGCAUGGAUUUCUCGUACAUGCCUGGCUCCCUCGUCUACGUCCCCCCGGUGACGCCGGCUCCGACGUAUUCCACGGACGCUCCGACGCCAGCUCCAACACACCUGGCUGGGGCCUGCGGAACACCUGGGCGCCUUCACCCGCGCCUACGUUGUCACCGACGCCCGCCCCUACUUUUGGCGCCCGCGACUCGAUGGUAGUCUCGUGCGCGGGCCAGUGCGAGGCGGUCGGCCCGGAAGGGGCGGUGUGUAGCGACACGCCGCUGCUGACCGUCACCGGCAAGUCCGAGGUUGGCUGCAUGGACGAGUGCCUCGACCAUGGGGAGCGGUGCGAGUACUUCGCGUACUCGUCGGUGUCCGAGACCUGCAUCCUGUACGAGACCUGCACGUCCUAUGUGCAGAGCGACGACGGAAGCACCUACCACUACAAUGUGUUCAUCAUCCCUCUGAAGGCUACCUUCAUUCCCGCCUUCUACCGCUGAGAGGCGCUCCGUGUCACCGUCCCUUACGUCUUCCCGAACUGCUCGCCGGCGCCAGUCCUCGCCGACCUUCUGUCGCUCGCGCACCGCACAUUUCGAGACGAGCGACGUGUAUCUGUCGCCCGGCCUCGAGCUGCAGGCCGAGGCCUCACGGAUUUCACCCACGAGGCGGCGGGCCCUGAGUGGCGCCCUGCGGCCGACCGGUGUUGGGCGCCACGUCCCGUCGGCAUGAGUCCGGGGGGGCCCGUCGCGCGUGUUUUCCGCCUCCGUGGUGGAGGGCGAGGGGGGCGAGGGAGGGAGCUCUGCCCCCCCCGCCGGCUCUCCCGGUCCGCGUUCCCGCCGCCCUGCCUUUGUCCGUGUAUAGGCAGGCACUGACUGACCCGGCGCGGGCCUGCCCUGACAGCUCGGCGCUGCCCCCCCCUCGGCAACUUUCUUCCUCGCCGUCAUCGUGCCGCCGUCGUC